UGCCACGCCACCCCGCGGUAUUGCCAAGGGGGGGUUUCUUUCACGCCCGUUCCCCCGCAUUGAAGACCUGUCGGCCCGUGGGGGUUUACCUGACACUGCAUCAUCCAUUUCCUCGCCUGUGACAUGACCAUCUAUCGAACCCUGAGGCCCGGAUUUGGUUGUAUCGGCCAAUUGACUCCUCGGCGAAUCUCCCCAUCCUUCUCAACACCCAGGAGCGUGCUGUAUACCACAAUGGCCGCCGAGAGAGGCCCCGCCAGGCGAAUGCAGAAUACUGCGAUAUUUGUCUGCGACAUCCAAGAGAAGUUCCGUAACGCCAUCUACGGAUUCGACAAUGUCGUCCUCACCGCGACCAAGGUCCUCAAGGCCGCCAAGCUCCUCUCCAUCCCCAUCUACGUGACGACGCAGAACCGCGCCCGGCUAGGCGACACCAUCCCGGAGCUACGCGCGCACCUGCCCACCUCCCUCGUCCGCGAGGACGUCGACAAGACCCUCUUCAGCAUGUGGACGCCCGCGAUAUCGCGCCACUUCCCGCGCCCGGGGCCCUCUGGCCCUUGCUCGACCAUCGUCAUCGUCGGCAUCGAGUCGCACAUCUGCGUCACCCAGACGGCGCUCGACUGCCUGGCGGCCGGCCACCGCGUCUACGUGCUCGCCGACGGCGUGUCCAGCUGCAACCGCGAGGAGGUCGCCGUCGCCCUGGCGAGGCUGCGCGCCGAGGGCGCCGUCGUCGCCACCAGCGAGGGAUGGCUCUACGAGCGCCUCGGCGACGCCGCCGCCCCCGAGUUCAGGGGCGCCGUCGCCCUCGUCAAGGAGUCGGCUGCCGAUACGCGCGCCGCGCUGCAGGGGCUGCUGGCUUCCAAGAUGUGACGGGUGCUGGUGAGAGGCGUGGAAAGGGGUGGGGGUGGGGGGGACGGAGAGAGAGAGAUGCAUGGUCCCAUACUGUCAACAGGGAUAGAUGGAGGAGUUCUCUACGGGAGGAAAGGACGGUUGGGAUGUGAGGGAGCAUCCUUUGUUUUUACUUUGGUGAAUAUUACUUCGCUCCGUACAUAUCAAGCUGGGUCGGGAGUUAUAUGUAUCCAGGAUCCUUGAUAAAUAGAAACAGGCGCAUGCAUAACAAACAAAUUGCUAGUCUCUGGCA